CCAAACAAUGGCACUCAAAGAAAAUUAAUACAUUGCUUCAGAAUCACAAGUGAUAUUUUGUCGCCUCAAAAUACUAGCGACCUUCUAAGUGGUGAAAUUUUUGAAGGAAGAAAUCUUACUAAAUCUCUAAGCAAAUUACACACGUAUCUGGAAGAAGAAAAAGAAGAAAUCUCACAGAAGCAACAUAAAAGUGACAACACAUUAACAAGGGCAGCUGUGGAAAGGAGAAUAAACCUCAAAAAAUAACUGCUUGUGUACUUAAGUGGGUGUUAUACCUCCAGUGAAGUAUAGUGCCACCCAUAUUACAUCUACACCCUGUAUAGGCCUACAUCUACACUCUGUAUAGGCCGACAUCUACGCCUUCAAUAGGCCAGAAGGAAAAGAAAGUUUGGCUCUGGAAUACUUCAUAUUUUCAAGGUUCCACUCGUCAUCUUUUGCCAGAAUGCGUUUGUAUGUGUUCCUGAGCAUGAUGUAACUCUUGGAUCCUGUCAUCCUCGGUGGCUCCUGUCAUCCUUGGUGGCUCCUGUCAUCCUCAGCAGCUCCUGUCAUCCUUGGUGGCUCCUGUCAUCCUCGGCGGCUCCUGUCAUCCUUGGUGGCUCCUGUCACCCUUGGAGGCUCCUGUCAUCCUCGGUGGCUCCUGUCAUCCUUGGCGGCUCCUGUCAUCCUCGGCGGCUCUUGCCACCCUUGGCGGCUCCUGUCAUCCUCGGCGGCUCCUGUCAUCCUCGGCAGCUCCUGUCACCCUCGGCGGCUCCUUUCAUCCUCGGCGGCUCCUGUCAUCCUUGGCGGCUUCUGUCACCCUCGGAGGCUCUUGUCACCCUUGGAGGCUCCUGUCAUCCUUGGCGGCUCCUGUCAUCCUUGGCGGCUCCUGUCACCCUCGGAGGCUCCUGUCAUCCUCAGAGGCUCCUGCCAUCCUCGGUGGCUCCUGUCAUCCUCGGCGGCUCCUGUCAUCCUUGGUGGCUCCUGUCACCCUCGGAGGCUCCUGUCAUCCUCGGUGGCUCCUGUCAUCCUUGGCAGCUCCUGUCACCCUCGGAGGCUCUUGUCCUCGACGGAUCCUGUCGUCCUCGGCGACUCCUGUCCAUUUCUUAAAUAUUUAUUUUAUCUCUGCACUGAAUUUCACUCUGGCAGCACAGAUCAGGAUUGUGCUAAAGUAUCAGUACUGGUGGUAAGCAGCUAAUUUUGAUUGUACGUAUUGGCUUAAACCAGAUUGUCGGAUCAAUAUUGAUUGGUAUCGGCCAAUUUUGUUGGCAUCGGUACCAGUAUUGGUAAGUAUGUGUUAAUUUUUGUGGUAUAGUCAUCAGCCUAAGAUUAAGUAUUGAUAUGCUAAGUACCAGCAAAAAUUUUAAUAUUGCUCCAUUUCUAUUUCAAAUUAUUUUUUUUUCAUGUCCCUCAGAAAUCAUUAUUAUAAAAAUAGUCAAUAUAUAUAUAAAAAUAACAUUGUUAUAUAUGCAUAUAUGCAGCUUCACUGUUCACUUCUACAUAUACUUGUGCAAGUCCAAUCAUACCAAAGAAUUUUCAGCAUAGUGUAUUUAUAAACAUAAUGUUAUGUUAUUCAGUGUCAGUUUAGGUUAUUAUGUCGCCAAAUUUUGUUCAGUAGAUCUUAUAAUUUGUAUACAAGAGUAACCAUUUUGGUGCUUUGUUUGUUGAAGACAGUGCAUGUAAAAAAAAUUUAAUGAAUGCGAAGAAAAAGUUAAUGCUUAAAAGAUAUUGCAUUGUUUAACAACUGAAAAAUACUCUUCUGCAUUAUGUUCUAGCACUCUGCUAAUUUAUCUUAUCAUGAGUACUCUUAGUGUUAUGCAUUCUUCAGAAAAGACUAUAUUAGAGAGAAGUACGAAAGUUUAUGCAGUUGAUAAAUCAUAUAAGUGUUCAAGAUGUCUAAAAGAAUUUAAAUAUAAAUAUGAUUUAGUAGCACAUAUGAAGGCUCAUUCGGCAGAGAAAUCUAAUCAGUGUUCAAAGUUAAUUGCAGACUUUUCACAGAAAUAUAAUUUAGCAACACAUAAGAAAACUCAUACAAAAGAGAAGUCAUAUCAGUGUAUUGAGUGCCCAAAAGUCUUUCCAUAUAAAUCUCAUUUGACUUUACAUAUGAGAGUUCAUACAGGAGAGAAACCAUACCACUGUUCAGUGUGUCUAAAAGCCUUUUCUCACAAAUUUAAUUUAGCAACGCACAUGAAAAUUCACACUGGAGAACGAUCAUGCCAGUGUUUAGUGUGUCUGGAAGAAUUUACGACAAAGUCUCAUCUUGCAUUACAUACAAGAAAAGUUCAUACUGGAGAAAAACCAUAUCAGUGUUUAGAAUGUUCAAAAAGCUUUUUAAUUAAACCUUCUUUAGUAAGACAUAUGAAAACUCAUAUGGGAGACAAACCUUAUCAGUGCUCAGAGUGCAUGAAAGCCUUUAGGCAAAAAAAUCACUUAGAAAUGCACAUGAGAAUUCAUACAGGAGAAAAACCAUUUAAAUGUGCAGAGUGUAUAAAAUGCUUUAAACAAAAAUCUGAAUUAGUGGCACACACUAGAGUACAUACUGGGGAGAAGCCUUAUGUUUGUACUGAGUGUCUGAAAGGCUUCAAAUUUAAACCGUCCCUUGGAAAACACAUGAAAACUCAUGCAGGGAUAAAACCGUAUCAGUGUUCAGAGUGUAUGAGAGCAUUUUUGCAAAAAUCUCAUUUAGAAACACACAUGAGAAUUCAUACUGGAGAAAAACCAUAUCAGUGUUUAGUGUGUGUGAAAAACUUUAAAAGAAAAUCUGAGCUUGCAGUACAUAGCAGAGUUCAUACGGGAGAAAAGCCAUAUCAGUGCCCUGUUUGCCUGAAAGACUUCAAAUUUAAGCAUUCUCUUGCAACGCAUAUGAGAAUUCAUACUGGUGAGAAACCUUUCCAGUGUCGUGAGUGUCUGAAAAACUUUAAACAGAAAUCUCAUCUUGUGCAACAUAUGAGCAAAAUUCAUAGAGUGGAUAUUAUAUCAGUUUUCAGUGUUUGACUGACUUUUCAGUUUAAUUUUUUUAAUCAUUAUUUUUUUUUAUUAACACAUCAUCCGUCUCCCACCAAAGCAGGGUGGCCCGAAAAAGAAAAACUUUCAUCAUUCACUCCAUCACUGUCUUGCCAGAGGCACGCUUACACUACAGUUAUAAAACUGCAACAUUAACACCCCUCCUUCAGAGUGCAGACACUAUACUUCCCAUCUCCAGGACUCAAGUCCAACCUGCCGGAUUCCCUGAAUCCCUUGAUAAAUGUUACUUUGCUCACACUCCAACAGCAUGUCAAGUCCUAGAAACCAUUUGUCUCCAUUCGCUCCUAUCUAACAUGCUCACGCAUGCUUGCUGGAAGUCCAAGCCCCUUGCACACAAAACCUCCUUUACCCCCUCCCUCCAAGCUUUCCCAGGCCGACCCCUACCCUGCCUUCCCUCCACUACAGAUUUAUACACUCUCGAAGUCAUUCUAUUUCCUUCCAACCUCUCUACAUGUCCGAAUCACCUCAACAACCCCUCCUCAGCCCCCUGGAUAAUAGUUUUGGUAAUCCCACACCUCCUCCUAAUUUCCAAACUAUGAAUUCUCUGCAUUACAUUCACACCACACAUUGCUCUCAGACGUGACAUCUCCACUGCCUCCAGCCUUUCCUUGUUGCAACAUUCACCACCCAUGUUUCACACCCAUAUAAGAGCGCUGGUAUAACUAUACUCUCAUACAUUCCCCUCUUUGCUUCCAUGGACAAAGUUCUUUGUCUCCACAGACUCCUAAGUGCACCACUUGCCUUUUUCGCCUCAUCAGUUCUAUGAUUCACCUCAUCUUUCGGUGACCCAUCUGCUGACAUGCCCACUCCUAAAUAUCUGAAUAUGUUCACCUCUAUACUCUCUCCCUCCAGUCUGAUGUCCAAUCUUUCGUCACCUAAUUUUUUUGUUAUCCCCAUCACCUUACUCUUUCCUAUAUUCACUUUUCAUUUUCUUCUUUUACAUACCCUUCCAAACUCAUCCACCAAUCUCUGCAACUUCUCUUCAUAAUCUCCCAAAAGCACAGUGUCAUCAGCAAAGAGCAACUGUGACAACUCCCACUUUGUGUUAGAUUCUUUAUCUUUUAACCCCAAACCUCUUGUGAACACCUGAACAUUCACUUCUCUUACAACUCCAUCUAUAAAUAUAUUGAACAACCAUGGUGACAUCACACAUCCUUGUCUAAGGCCGGCUUUUACUGGGAAAUAAUCUCCCUCUCUCCUACAUACUCUGGCCUGAGCCUCACUAUUCUCAGGUUAGGUUCUGGGCUACUGCUGUAAAGUGAUCUUAUCCCUUUUUUCACUUUCAUACGCAUAUAAAAGCCUGAUAACAUGUUUACACUAAGUGAGCAAUAGAGCUAGGCCUAUAAAGUGCAUAUACGGUAUGCACAUUACAUACCUUAGAAUAUUUUCAUACUUAGCUUGUAGUGAGCGAUGAAUAUAUUUAUUGUAGGAAGUUUGAGUAAUUGAAGAAUGAGUGUAACUGAGAAAAUACUGUAUGAGCGAAACGCUGUAAAGCGAAGCACUGUAAAGCGAAGCACUGUAAAGCGAAGCACUGUAAAGCGAAGCACUGUAAAGCGGGGCCAGCCUGAGCUGUAUUUGAUGAUUUUCUCAUUGAAAUUACAUUAUGCAAGUCAUAGGAAAUAUUUUCUUACAGAAGAGGAACUUACUAAUGCUUACAGUGUCUUACAACUUUUUUUAAAAUGAGUUAUUCAGAGUUUCACUUAAGUCCAUGUAGUAAUUUUUCUGUGCUUGGGUUCCAUGAAUCAUGUUAGGUAGUAACACACUGGCUGUCUCCCACCAAGGUAGGAUGACCUGAAAAAGAAACACUUUCACCAUCAUUCACACUAUCACUGUCGUGACAGAGACGUACAGAUACGAUGCAUUAUCUGUCAAAGUUACAAGCUUAAAUAAAAGAACUGAAUGAAGCAAGAAUAUGAAUGGAUUAAAAAUGAAUUUAGCCUAAAAUAGUAUUUUAAGUUAACAAAGUAAGGAACCCAGAACAUUUUAAAUUUAAAAGGUGAAUAAUUUUCAAAAGUAACAUGCCUUUUUGUUUAAAAAAAAAGGUGUCAUUAGAUUAUUCCCAUUUUGUGUUUAGGUUGAGGCAAUAUGUAAAUGCUAAUACCCUCAAGGGAGGUGCCUUGAUGCUAGCAAGGAAUUUAUAUUCAGGGUAUUUAGGCUAUUUUCACUGUGAUACUGAACAUUCCGUGAUUGAUCAUCUUUGUAGUUACUGUAAAAGUUUUCAGAUGAUCGAUGACCACUGCUUAGAAACCUUCCCACAUAUGACAUAGGCCUGGAAACACAAGGAUUCUUUUGCAAUUAGACUGGUGGGGAUAACCAGGUUUGAUCUGAGGAAGGGUAGGGUAGCUCCAGUUCUUUGAAUUGUCAUAAUAUGAUACCUAUAUUGGCUAAUUUUUCUUAGAGAUGUGACAGUGAAUGAGUAAAUAUUUUUGAGAUGUGUACUAUAUUUCAUGGCUUAUUAGACACAUUUCCCCCCCCCUCCCCCCAUGAAAUGUCUCCAAAAACCACCAUGCGUCCUAUAAACUGAAGGUCAGUGACGGGAGCUAUAAAUUUGAGGUGUGGGGUGGGCUGUAGCUCCCCCAGUUGCAUCCAAUGCUGAGCCAUUGAAACUAAAUCAAGUCUUAUAAGCCGUGAAAUAUGGUAUGUUUGAAUAUUCAACAUGUCUGUUUCAUUCAAUCGGCAGAGUUAUACAAGACAAACGACAUUGGUUAUGUAAUUAUUAUAAUUUGUAAAUAAUUCAUAUGAUUUCCUCACUUCUUUAGUGCUAUUCUCGUGGUUUUAAAUUAUUUUUGACAAAUUACUCUAAUAAAAUAUAAUGUAGGAUGGUUUAGAAAGCAAAUGAUAAUAGUUAUAUUUAUAUGAUGUGCCUUGUAGGUCAGUUUUACCAUCUUGGCAAGUUAGACAAAUACUGUUUUGCAAAACAAAGUAAGUUUGUAUUUAUUUUUACUACAAAAGUUUGUCUGAACAUCUCCAAAUUCAUACACAUUUCAUUGAGGUUAGAUAUUUGACCUUCAGAUAACUGCCAUUCAGAAUACAGUGUGCAUUUUGCUCCAAAUUAUCAUGAGCUAACAAAGGUCAUAGGUUGAUAAGGAUUGCAGUAGUUAAAAAAAAUUCCACAUUCAGAGUUACAUUCUAGUGAUUAUUUUUCUUCAGAGGAAAGGGGAAAAUAAGAUAGUCGUUGUCUUAUGAUCUAUCCAACUUACGACCAUCUGCACUUAUAACCAUGAAUAUUUGUAUGCCUGGCAGCAUAAAUGAGGCUGUAUGAUAGCGAUUCUGUAUUUUAUUUCAAUUUUGAUUUUAUAUUUUAAUUGUAAUUUUAAGCCAGUUGUAAUGUACACAUGUUUAAAUUAAACCAUUCCUAAGAUAAAAAAAGUUUAAAGAAACAAGUUGAUAUAAAGAUUAUGAAAUUUAUAAUUACAAUAUUUGUCCGACUUUUGUCCAGUUCAACUUACUACUGGCUGGUCAGAACCUAACCUGGUCGUAAGUCAACGACUAUGUGUAGAUCCAUGAGAAGUAACCUGAUUAACCAUAAGCUCCCUGAACUAACAAGGGGUGCUUGUGGAUAACCUCAUUAAGGAAUGGACUAGGCAUUUUGGUAAGGUUCAAGUGAAUUGUAAUUUGGAAAGACAGUGGGUGCAGAGCAAAUAUUUAUUAUAGAUUACAUUUUGCUCUGCGUUGAGCUUUGUCAAAUCUGUGACUUGAUAAAACUUUGCCCAGAGCAACCAAACAUAACCAGGUUAAAAUUUACAUACUAUACAACUUAUUGCUGUAUAGCCCUUGUGGUUUAGCGCUUCUUUUUUAUUAUAAUAAUAAUAAUAAUAAUAUACAACUUAUUAAUUUGUCUGUUUUCCUUGGGAUGCGCAUUCUUCAGUGAGCCCCAGUAUUUAGGGGAAGAUUUGCCUGGUUUGAGUGACACUGCAGUAACAGCCUGGUUGAUCAGGCUCUGAUCCACCAGGAGGCCUGGUCACAGACCGGACCGCGGGGGCGUUGACCCCCCGGAACUCUCUCCAGGUAAACUCCAGGCAUCAAAAUGUAUGAUUAAUAUAGGAGGGCCCUGCUUAUUCAGUACACUCUUUUUGGUGUUCCACAUUUUCAUUGGCUGCCCAAAACGCCUCGGCAUGAUAGUGGCUUUCUUUGCUUCAGUCAUAUUAUGAUAUGUAAACACACAAAGAAAUAAAUUUGUAUUAUUUAUUUAUUAUUAUUCAGUUGAGCCAUUGUUCAUUAUGUUUGGUGCUUUUACAAUUUUUCUGUCAUUUUUUCACAUCAUUUGCAUAAGGGAAGGGCAGUUGGCACCAUAUUUAAAGGUAAGCAUUGUAUGUACUAUGUACAUGUAUUUGUGUAAACUCAUUAUCAGGCAUUUUAGAUGCAUUCAAUAAUGAAAAAACUUUUUCACCCGCUGGUGAUUUUCGCUUACCACACGGGGUCGGGAACCUAAGAGCCGUACAAACGGGGCCCUGCUCUAUGUGUAGUCUGUAAUGAAGAUAGACUCUGCACCAUGUCGUCUUUGUAUACAUGAACCACAAAGCGGUUGGGGAUUGAACCCAUGGAGGCGAGUCCUAUUAUUAUUAUAAUCGAAAGAAAUGCUAAACCCACGAGGGUCAUAGAGCACAGCAGUGAGUUUUAGGAAUCUCUUGCCAUGGGUUCAGUGCCUACCUGUUCCUUCAUUUAUUUUCUUUUGUGUUAUUACAAAUAGUAUACAUGUUGGCAAUGACCUCCAUCCUCCUCACAUGAAAUGUACUGUAAUUAACAAGCAUAUUUUAAGCUAUACCUUAUAGGGGCCAU